AUGCGCAAUGUCCUCUUCAAACCAGGGCCCAUCGACAGUACGAAGGACACAGCGCGCUCCAAAAAGCGCCGGAUCAAAUGCGACACCCAGAUCCCCUGCAAAGAAUGUACAGCCCGCGGCCUCGCCCAUCUCUGCCGGAAAGAGACAGUCAUCGUCAAAGGCCGAAUUGUUAGUGAUGGCGACGAUAAGGGUGAUUUGGAUGAGAGGCUGAAAGUGAUGAGUAAGGAGGAGCUUUGGGGACAGGUGCAGGGGUUGAUGAAGGAGAAUGAGGGGUUGAAGAUGAUGGGUACUGGAGCGAGUGGCGCUAAGAUCCAUCCAUCCUCAGAAAAUAGAUCACAAUCAAAGCAUGCUCCUCAAAAUGAUGAUCUAAGCAACAUGGCUAGACGGCUCGGUUUCCUCCACGAAAGCAGCUGCCUCAGUAUCGACCCACCGAACAUCGACAACAAGAUAGACGACUGUGUGACCUUCCCUUCAGGCCUCCAACUACCCUCGCAAGAAACCAGCUACCACCUCCUCUCCUACGUCUUCACCCACCUCGGCUGGCUCCUCUGCCCCAUCCCAUCCUCUUUCCAAGACCAAGCUUCAUUCAUCUUUUCCCCAGAUUCACCCUCCCCUUUCAGCCAUCUUCACACCGCCAAAAGCCUCGCAGAAGCUCGACCAUCAUGGUCCGUGCUCUCCUUUGCAUUGAUCUCGGUCGCGCUGGUUUAUGCGCCUGCGGAGCUGUUGGAAGGGUUGGGUAUAGGGGUGGAGCAGAGAACGUUCUUUGCGAGGUUGUGGUUCCGGGCUGCGGUCAGCACCAUGCUGGACGGAGGGUCAUGCCUCGUGAAUCCUAGUAUGAUCCAACUUCAAACGUUCUGCGUGCUUACGCUUCUCUUCCAACCUUUCGACUAUAUGGCUCUACAUGAUACGUUGCUGGCGAGUAUGAUACAAGUAGCCAGGAUGUUGGGACUUCAUCUCCUCAAAGAUUCGACUAUGGAACGGACAGCGUCGAGUGAGAUCGGGCGCCGGGUGUGGGCGUUCUUGCUAGCUCGUGAAGUGCAUUAUACGGGAGAAAGCUAUUGUCCUUCCGUCUCAAGAGAAGAACAAGAACCCUUCGCCUCUUUCCUAAACAUCUCCGAGCCCGAUACUAUCCCCCUCAUCCCCCUACCCCUUUCACAUCCCACACGCGUCUCGUAUCUCCUAGCAGGCAGUCGCAUGACGGCCUUGACCCGCGAUAUCAAACGGUUACCGCCCGACGCGGAUUAUGCAGAGGUUCUCAAGAUGGACGAGAGGAUAAGGGAUAUGAAUAAGGAUAUGGAAUGGUUGGAGAAAGACGAUGCGAGCCAUCCUGCAUGGGUCGCCACGGCCCGACACGUCCUCUUUCUCAAAACCUGCCAACGCCGGCUCUACCUCCACCGCCACUACUUCUCCCUCACCGCCACCCACCCCCAAUACGCCCCUUCCCGCCUCAUGUCUCUCCAAGCAGCAUCCGACAUCUGCCUCGAACGCUUUUUACACGACCUCCCUUUCGACGACAAACUCGACACGAUCAAUGGUGUCUUGCCCGCGGCUAUAGUGUUGUUGUUGGACGCUAUCUACCCACUCAAGGGGGAGAGGCUUACGUUUGGAUUUGUGAUUCAGAGGUGUGAGGAGGUGGAGAGGCUUUUGGCUCCGAUACGGUUUAGCACUUAUCGGUCGUCGACGCAAACGAUCAACAUUACUCUCAAAUCUGUUGACAGGCUUUUGGCGGAUACGCUUCAGGCAGCUCAAGCGGCAGAGAUCGUUCGGGCUUCGUGGACACAGCUUGUAUUGCAGCCGGGAGGGGAUACGUUUGGUGACUUGCUUGAUGGGCUUAGUUUUGGGAGUUUGCUGGAUAGCUUCGAGGAUAUGGGGCCGGUGGGAUCUGCUUGA